AUGGCGGACACAGAUGAGGGAUAUGGGAUGCCCGAUACUCCAGUGGAACCAGACCCCAAGGAGUUGCAGUGUGAUCCUAAGCAGGAUAGCCAGCUAGGGGCCAGCAGCAAGACCCCAACCUCCCCACAAGCAGCCUUUACUCAGCAGGUAAGGCAGGGAAUGGAAGGCAUCAAGGUCUUCCUGCAUGAACGGGAGUUAUGGAUGAAGUUUCAUGAAGUAGGCACAGAGAUGAUCAUCACCAAGGCCGGAAGGCGUAUGUUUCCAAGCUACAAGGUAAAAGUUACUGGCCUCAAUCCAAAGACCAAGUACAUCCUUCUCAUGGAUAUUGUGCCAGCAGAUGACCACAGAUACAAAUUUGCAGAUAACAAAUGGUCAGUUACUGGGAAAGCUGAACCUGCAAUGCCUGGGCGUUUGUAUGUUCACCCCGAUUCUCCUGCUACUGGUGCACAUUGGAUGAGGCAGCUAGUGUCGUUCCAGAAACUGAAGCUCACAAAUAACCAUCUAGACCCUUUUGGACAUAUCAUUCUGAAUUCCAUGCACAAAUACCAGCCUCGGCUUCACAUAGUUAAAGCAGAUGAAAACAAUGGAUUUGGGUCCAAGAACACUGCUUUUUGCACCCAUGUAUUCUCAGAGACUGCGUUUAUAGCUGUAACAUCUUACCAAAACCACAAGAUAACCCAGUUAAAGAUUGAAAAUAACCCUUUUGCCAAGGGAUUUAGAGGAAGUGAUGAUAUGGAGCUGCACCGCAUGUCCAGGAUGCAAAGCAAAGAGUAUCCUGUUGUUCCAAGAAGCACUGUGCGACAGAAGGUUACAUCGAAUCAUAGUCCAUUCCCUUCUGAAUCACGCAAUAUAACUAGUUCCUCCAACCUCAGUUCCCAGUAUCAGUGUGAGAAUGGUGUAAGCAGCACCUCUCAGGACCUAAUGCCUCCUUCCAACUCAUAUACUUCCUUGCCACAUGAACCGGGCCCUAUAUACCAUUGUACAAAAAGGAAAGCAAGUGAAGAAACAGCUGAGCAUCCUUAUAAAAAGCCCUAUAUGGAUACAUCACCAAGUGAGGAAGACCCCUACUUCAGGUCUGGGUACCCCCAGCCAUCCUCCUCUUCUUCAUCUUCAACAUCCUUUCGCACAGAGUCUGCCCAACGUCAGGCAUGCAUGUAUGCUAACUCAACACCUGCCACAGAGCAAGUUACAGGCAUAGAAGACAUUUCUUGUAAUAGUUGGUCAAGUGUACCCUCCUAUAGCAGCUGUACUGUGGGAGGAGGCAUGCAGUCCAUGGAACGACUGCCUUACCAGCACUUCUCUGCUCAUUUCACCUCCAGUUCACUCAUGCCCAGACUGGGUAAUCAUGCAGGUUCACAGUCUGCCGAUACCCACACUAUGUUUCAACAUCAACCUUCUCACCAGGCUAUUGUGAGGCAAUGUGCGCCUCAGUCUGGAUUACAACAGGCAUCAUCAAUUCAGUCCUCUGACUUCCUUUACCCUCACGGUGUUCCACGGACCUUAUCUCCACACCAGUACCACUCUGUCCACGGAGUAGGCAUGGUGCCAGACUGGAAUGAGAACAGCUAACAAAACAGACAUGAGACAAAUAUUUUGGGUAAAGUCUAAGCAAAGUGUCUCUAGACCACACAAAGUGGACCUAUGUCAAAAGGACAAGAUUUGUACGCUGAACUUUAUUUCUGGAAAACCUCAAAACAAACUUUCACCUUGGUCUUUCACUUUCUCCCUACUUCUGACACAAGUAUCACGAGUAUAGGACAGUAAACAAAUCGUAGAUGGGUGAUACAUUGGUGAAGAAAAGAAGUCUGUUGUAAAGAGCCUACGUAUAGGCUUUGCACUUCACACAACAGGCUGCACCACAAUGGUGCCUACAUGUAUAAGAAAGAAAGUGAAAAACUCAUGCACUUCAAGAAUUCACCUGCAUGCCUCUGCCAUAAAUAACUGGGUGUUUGCAGUGAAAUACACUGUGUGAUAUUGGAGGCUAGAACUCUGGGUUUAGAAACAUGUCAGUAAAAAAGGGGACACAGCAAGGUUGUGUUGGAGAGUGGCAAUGAAACCAUCAUUCAACUAUGCCUUCCAGGAUAUUCUGGAUUUUUUUUUUAUGUGUGAAAGGAAGGAAAACGGGGGAGGGUGUGUGUGAUACAUUUAAGUAUCCACAAAUGUACACAUGGCCUAUGUAAUUUGGGGGGGGGGGGGGGGGAUUUAUCAUUAAUACAUGCUGUGUAUUUUGCUUUGAAUUGUUGCAAAAUUUUGAGCAGCCCACACACUGUGCAAAAAGUUGAGACUCUAUAGAGGUGUAGGCGACACAAACUUUUGCUUUUUGGUUUAUGUACUAUUGGUGCACUGGUCAUUAAAUAGAUGAGGAGUCCAACUAAUGCUAAAUUACAAAUGGGAAAACAAGACUAUCAUUAGCUUUAGUAUCAUGCACAUAAUAGAAACUCAGUAAAUGAUAAAUUCCCCCCUUUGUUUAAAAAAAUCAGGUCAACAAAGUUCUAAAAUAAGUUGCAACUCACCAACUAUUCUGUAAUAAACAUAACAAAUCCAAAUGGCCCAAGUCUACCCAGCUUAAGGUUAAAAUAUAGCUUGUAUACUGCAAAUAGAUUCUACCCCUUUUGCCUACAAGUAUAUAGUUGUGAAAGCAUUUUUUUGAUACUCAAAUAAGAACAAGUCCAUUAACAGAUAUUUACUAUCAGAACAUAUUUAAGUUUGCAGUGAUAAAUUCAAGCUACUUCCCAUUGGUCUAAUUCCCAUUGGUGCCAGUCUAACCUUAUGACAUGGGUUCUGUUUCCCUGCCCUCUCCAGGAACACGAUGUGCUAUGUUUGUUAACUGUUGUGUUAUUGACAUUGUUAUAUAAUAAAAGAUAAUAUAUUUUUUUUCUGCUUGAUCUUUGUGGGAGU